UUCUACGGCAGUGACUGUUCAACGUUCUGUAGAAACAAUACCCAUGGGGUCUGUGGGGAGGAUGGACGUCUCACAUGUCAUAAACAAUAUUUCGGGAAAUUCUGUGAAUUGUUUUGUGAGGAUAUGCCUCAUGGAAGGUGCGAUGAAGAUGGUGUGUUGAAAUGUGAAGAUAUGUGGUAUGGUAGUAAUUGCUCUACUCACUGCAUUGAAUCCCAGCAUGUAAAAUGUGAUGAAGAGGGUCGGGUGUACUGUUCAGACCAGUGGUAUGGAAAAAACUGUUCUUUUUAUUGCAAGGGAAGCAGACUAGAUAAAUGCAGUAAAGACGGGUCUGGGGCAGUGACGAUUGAUGGACAGCUGAAUGAAAAGUCCGUUUCAGAACUGGAGUUCUCUAUCAAAUUUUUUCUAUCGGAAAAUCUCUGCAAAAAGGGAACAAAUAUUCACGUGGGAAUCGAUGUCCUUAACGGUGUAGAUAAAUCACAGCUGUCAACUGUAGCCCUCAGCAUUGCCUGUGGAGAUGAACUCAUCAACAGCGAUACCUUUCUACAGACUUACUGGGCGAUGGCACCGGAGAAACUAAAGAAAUACCACUUUCCCUGUACGUUUGUACCACCACCAAAAAGAAAGCAUAAUGUGGAUUGGUUGUCAAAAAACUGGCGCAUGUUAGCAGUUUUAUUCGGAGCAACAGCCAUCAUUUUGUUUAUUGGUUAUUUUAUCCAAAAAUAUAGAAGGAAACGAUUUAGAAGAAUAGAAAAACAUGUAUACACUGUGGAACUUCAAACAACUGAGAUAUAUAAGUAGCCGGAACAAGUGAUAUACAAAUGUAGACCGAGAUUUUACGAGAAUGGCGUUUGUUUACUUUUUUGUUUUUAUCGAAUCCGUUUCUAGGAAGUUUGCAAAAUGUAAUUAAAGCAAUACAAACUUGAACAAAUAUCUUUGCAAAUUUCUGACAUCUGAAGUAUUAUGAAAAGGAAUCAUGACAAUUGAGUAGAAAUGUUGUAGUUGAAUCUCAUUGUGUCCAUUAUUUUAUUAUUAUUUUUCUAUUUUUUUGUAUUUGCCCUUAUUGAAUCGCCAUAUUUGUUGAUUAAAAAUCUUAUUUAAGUUUUCAGAUAUUGUCUGUUUUUGUUGGAAAUUAAAUCAAUAAAUCUGUGUCGCAUAUGCUUUUCACUAACUGCAUUCUAUAAAUGGAGUGAUUGAAUGACUAUUGACUACAUGUAGUAUUAAAUAGUAUCUACACCUAGACUGAAUUGAUGAUAUUCCAUCCAUAUUCUGGUGUACAACUAUUCGUAUGGAGGUAUAAUCAACAACUCUGAUUUAAAUAUCUUCCGUUUAUUGCCGUAGAGCGUUCGCUUUGUGAGCAGUAACUCUAGUGUUCAAGUUCUGACGUUGAAGUUCGUAAAGCGCUUGGCAUAAGAUAGAUAUCAGGUCCCCACACCGUACGGAUCCGGGUUAGAAUAGGCCCCCUACGUGUCAUAAAAGACAACUACACUGUAAAUGGGGCGGCCCUCUGGAUGAGACCGCAAAAACAGCAGGUGUGGCACGAUAAAGAUCCCUCUCUACUCAAAGUCGGUAAGCGCCGAGCAUAGGCCUAUGUUUUGCAGCCCUUCACCGGCAAUGAUGACGUUUCCAUGUGAAUGAAAAAUUCUUGAGAGGGACGUUAAACAAUAUAUAACCAACCGGGGCAUAGUAAUACGGUUGGUGUUGAUAAA